AUGGCAACACGAGCAGAAAUGAUACUUCUGCAAGCAGAACUGAAAAGGGUAGAGUCGGAUAUAGACCAAACGAUGUGUGAGUUGGAAAAGCAUUUUAACUUCACAAAGUCAAAUAUAAAAAAGACAUCUACGCCCAAAAACGCACUAACAUCUUGUGCCCCACUCACUUUGUGUGAGAAAACUACGAUAGCAAAGGAACUCAGUAAACCAAGAAUUCAGAUUCAAGUAUUUGAAGGUGACCCGAUCAAAUAUGUGCUGUUUAAGAGACAGUUCAAAAGUAGAAUCAUAGAAACAUGCGACUCUGACGAUGAAAAACUGAACCAUCUACUGCAAUACACCAGAGGUGAGCCUCAUGAAAUUACGCUAGGAUUCGCUCACUUAGAUGCAUCCAUUGGUUUCAAGGCCGCAUGGAAGGAAUUUGAGAGAAGGUAUGGGGACCAAGAACAGAUUGCGACAUCGUAUAUUAACCGUGCCUUACAGUGGCCAGUGAUAAAGCAUGAUGAUUAUGUCACACUAGACAAAUACGGCAUAUUUUUAAGGGAAUGUCUGAACCAAGAGACAUUGAUUGAGCUCCCAGAUACAUACUCCAGAGACUCCAUUCCAGUUAAGCGAUCACAGAUACCCAGACCAGAAACUGCUAAGAAAUGGCCACACUUGCACUCAAUUGCUGAUAAGAUUACUCCUUAUCACCCAGACAUAGAGGUAGGACUGCUGUUGGGAGUAAACUGUAUGAAAGCCAUUAGAGGUCUGGAAUACGUACAUGGUAGAGGAGAGGAGCCAUAUGCAUACAGAUGUAACCUAGGUUGGGGUAUAGUAGGGCCAGUGGACAAAUCAAGACCCAUAGAUGAGAACAAGAGCUUUGGAACACAUGCCUUUGCCUUUAGAACACAAGUGACAGAGAUCAGCCCCGCUGAGGUUUGCAGUCUCUUUGACCAAGGUUUCGACCAACAGAAAGAUGAGAAGUUAAGCCUUCAAGACCAGAAGUUCAUGAAGAUUAUGGAGGAAGGCAUACAUUUCAACGAGGGUUUUUACGAGAUGCCACUACCAUUUAAAGAUGGACAUCCAGCAUUGCCAAACAACAAACCAGCAGCUGAGAUCAGGCUAGAGCAGCUAAGGAAAAGGCUAAUCCACAACCCGAAGUAUUAUGAGCACUAUAACAGUUUUAUGCAGGACCUCAUAGAUAAAUGCUAUGCAGAAGAAUCACCUCAUGAAGAUGGAGGUUGGUACUUACCACAUCAUGGUGUAUAUCACCCCAAGAAACGUGAGAAAUUACGAGUGGUGUUUGAUGCCAGUGCAAAACAUGAAAAUGUUGCGCUAAACGACUGCCUGUUGAAAGGACCUGAUCAGAAUAACUCGCUCAUAGGUGUUUUAUUGAGGUUUAGAGAGCAGCCAGUAGCAAUCAUGGGUGACAUGGAGAACAUGUUUCACAGGUUUAAAGUGAAAGAAGAGGAUAGAAAGUUUUUACAGUUCCUAUGGUGGAAAGACGGUGACCUCAGUAGUAAUCCCAUCACAUACAGAAUGACGUCUCAUAUAUUUGGAGCGAUAAGUUCACCAGCAUGCGCAUUGUAUGGACUGAGGAAACUAGCAGAGGACUACCAAGAUGAGUAUUCACCAGACGUCAUUGCCUUUCUUAAGAAUGACUUUUAUGUAGACGAUGGACUCAAGAGCAUCGAGUCAAGUGAAGAAGCUAUACGUCUUGUUAGAGAAACAAGAGAGCUGCUGAACAAAGGUAACCUAAGACUUCACAAGCUAGUAUCAAACAACCGUGAAGUGAUGAAUACAAUCCCAAUGUCAGAGAGAGCCAAAGAAAUGAGAAACAUUGACCUUAACAGAGACACAUUGCCAAUAUGCCCAGCUUUAGGAGUACAGUGGUGUGUAGAAGCGGACAGUUUUCAGUUUAAGGUCCAGAUCAAUGAUAAGCCAUUAACAAGAAGGGGAAUUCUCUCCACUGUAAGUUCCAUAUUUGACCCUUUAGGCCUUGUCUCACCAUUCAUCCUUGCCGGUAAGAAAAUUCUCCAAGAGCUAUGCAGAGACGGUGCAGAGUGGGAUGAUCAAGUGCCAGAGAGUAUUAGAUGCAGAUGGGAAAGAUGGCGCUCAGAUUUGCUGAACUUAACCAAGUUGAAUAUACCACGGUGCUAUAAGCCAAAUGAUUUUGGUGAAGUGACUACUGCAGAACUUCAUCACUUCUCAGAUGCCAGUGUAGAAGGCCUAGGUCAGUGCAGUUACUUGAGACUUAAAAGCAACACAGGAAGAAUAGCAACCACAUUAGUUAUGGGCAAGUCCAAGGUAGCUCCCUCUAAACCAGUGACAGUCCCACGCCUAGAGUUGUCAGCAGCAGUGAUGUCUAUAAAGGUGGGGACCUUUCUUGCCAAGGAGUUAGAGUAUGAGGACAUCACCCAUGUGUAUUGGACUGACAGCAAGGUUGUUCUAGGGUAUGUCAAUAAUGAUGCUAAGAGAUUUCAUGUCUUUGUAGCUAAUAGAAUACAACAAAUUAGAGAAGUCAGUCAGCCAUCGCAAUGGAGGCAUGUUAAGUCCAGUGACAACCCAGCUGAUAUAGCCUCCAGGGGAACAGGUGUGACAGAGCUACUACAGAAUGAACAGUGGUGGAGUGGGCCAGACUUCCUGCUCAUUGAUGAACCACUAUCUACCACUAAUACCCAAUUCAGACUAGCACCAGAUGACCCAGAAGUACGCAAAUCUGAAGUCAAUGUAUUUGCUACUAAAGUAGAAACCAACCACGAUCACUUGUCUGAUGUAUUGAAAAGGUUUUCUUCCUGGAACAGAGCAACACGAGUUGUUACGUGGUGUUUACGAUUCAUACAGAAGCUGAAACAAGCUAAGAACAGGAAAUCAACACAGCAGAACACAGUUGAGACCAGCAAUGAACCGUUGAAUGUUCAAGAAAUACAAGUAGCAGAAAAGAUCAUUCUCAAGUCAACACAGACUGCUACAUUUGAGAAGGAAAUUGAAAUACUGAAAGCAAUUAACAGAGAAGAUAACAGUGAACACACAGAGAGAAAACAGGCAAGAUAUCGCAACGAACAAAUCAAGAAAACCAGUUCACUAUACCGCCUAGACCCAUUUCUAUGUGAAGAUGGACCACUCAGAGUAGGUGGUCGUAUAAAGAGGGUAAAUCUACCCAGAGAGCUUACACACCCAGUGAUUCUGCCUAAGCAUCAUCACGUUACAAAUCUCAUAAUUGACCACUACCAUACACGAUGCGGACAUUCAGGAAGUGGCAUUACUCUUAAUGAAGUCCGAGCUAGUGGUUAUUGGAUAAUUUCUGGCCGUGCCAAGAUUGGAUCAUAUAUAUGGAAAUGUGUGACCUGUCGUAAGCUACGAGCAAACUCACAGAGUCAGAAAAUGUCAGAUCUUCCAGCUGACAGACUGGAACCAGCACCUCCAUUCACCUACAGUGCAGUAGAUUUCUUUGGGCCAUUCUAUGUGAAGGAGGGAAGAAAGCAGAUGAAGAGAUAUGGUGCUAUGUUUAGCGUGGACCAGUACGUCUACUCAGAGCAGACCGUAGUUAAGGGAGAGCAAGAAACUGCCUUUAUGGAUAUGGAUCAGGACAAGAUCAGGAGAGAACUUCUGAAAGACCACUGUGACUGGAUUCAGUUUGAAAUGAAUGUUCCUCAUGCUUCACAUAUGGGAGGCGUGUUGGAAAGGAUGAUCAGUUCAGCCAGAAAUGCUUUAUCAGGACUUCUCACAGCUCACAGUGACCGUUUAGAUGAUGAUUCCUUGUCCACAUUGUUAACUGAGGCAGAAGCCAUAGUUAACAGUAGACCUUUGACUUACAUUGAUACACAGUCACCAGAUUCUCCAAUGCCUUUGUCUCCAAAUCAGCUCCUGACCCUGAAAACUAAGGUCGUGAUGCCACCACCUGGGAAUUUCAUAAGGAAAGACACAUACCUUCAUCGAAGAUGGCGACAUGUUCAUUAUCUAGCCAAUGAAUUUUGGAACAGGUGGAGAAAGGAAUUUCUUCCAACAUUACAAGAGAGAAAAAGUGGAUCAAACAAUGGAGGAGGCGGGAGGAAAGUAAGAGGAGGAAGAAGGAGGAAAGGAGGAGGGGAGGGAGGAGGAGGAGGAGGAAAGGCAGAGGAGAAGGGAGGAGGGAGAAAAGGCGGAGGAGGAGGAAAGAAUGAGGAGUGA